CUGGCAGGACGUGGAGGAUCGUCUGGAGCGAAGUUCCGCAUCUCGCUGGGUCUCCCAGUGGGAGCGGUGAUCAACUGCGCCGACAACACAGGUGCAAAGAACCUGUACAUAAUCUCUGUGAAGGGCAUCAAGGGGCGUCUGAACCGGCUGCCCGCUGCAGGAGUCGGCGACAUGGUCAUGGCCACAGUCAAGAAAGGCAAGCCAGAGCUCAGGAAGAAGGUGCAUCCUGCGGUGGUGAUCCGGCAGCGGAAGUCGUACCGGCGAAAAGAUGGCGUGUUUCUCUACUUUGAGGACAACGCGGGGGUCAUAGUGAACAACAAAGGAGAGAUGAAAGGUUCUGCUAUCACAGGCCCCGUCGCCAAAGAGUGCGCCGACCUUUGGCCCAGGAUCGCCUCCAACGCUGGCAGCAUAGCCUGA